UCCCUCCUGUGUCAGAGUGAACCAGCAGCCCUCUUCUCCCAGUGCUGGGCAGGGUGGGAAGCUGGCUUGCCAGGCCCAGGCCAAGGGGAGGCAGACCCCUGCCCUCAGCACCUGCCUGGCCCUUCCCACUCUCAGUGUGCUGGUUCCCUCCCCUCAUCUGCCCCACCCUGCAGGCAGGCGAGAGCCUCGCUACACUGCCUGAGGCCCCAGGCGUAGCACCACGCGCGCUCCACUAGGCCAUGAUUCUUUUCGUGAAUAGCUCCUGCGUUCCAUUUGCUGCUGGCGCUUGUCCUGGCCCCCUUCCCUGCAGAGUGAGCAUCUGAGUUUGGGGCUCAUGCUCUCCAGGCUGGCAGCACUGCAGAGGCAGCUUCUACCAGCCCUGCCGGGGAGGCUGAAGUGCAAGUUGUGGUCAUUUCUGGUGGCCCCUCCAUCAUGCGCACAGCUCUGGCUAAUGUGGGAAUGAUAUGGAUAAUCUGCUUGGGGAAGGCAGGGUCAGCUUGGGCCUGGGGUGGAAUAGGUGGUUCCUUACUAGGAGAAGGAGGGCCUGGUCAGGCCAGGCAGCACUUGAUGCAGAUGGUAAGAUUGCCACACUCUUUCUGAAGACCUGAGCAUAGUGGCACAGUCUUCUGUAAAUGAUUUCUAACACCUGGGUUCACGAAUGGAAGGUUGUUAAUUGUGACACCCCAGCCAGUCUCUUGGGCGGAAGUUACAUGGGCAGUGCAUUUUCAGCCUUUAAUUGUAUUACGGGUGCGAGGCUAGGCCACUUUUGACCUAAAUGUCACAUUUAUCUCAAUCACUUUUUACAAACCCUAGCCGACCCAUGAACCUGAGGGGCACAGUCCAACGGAUGCAUCUUGUGUUCAACAGCCCUUCCUCUACAGCCUGGCAGACAUUGCAGCGUGAGCUAGUGCUUGAGAACCUGUGUGGAACUGACCAUAGCCAAAGGGAAGCUGACUCAUGUUUCAUUGGCCUAGCUCAGAGCUACACACAGCCACAGCUGGCAGCGUGCACAGUGACACGUGCAUUCACUUCCGAAAACCUUUUGACUUAUCUGUGAGAUUCUGUUACCUGUACGGGGGAAGGAUGUUGAUGUGUGAGACGAACAUGGUCUUUGAACUGAUGCUUUCCAGGUGCAUGCCUGGAACCAGGGUGUGUUGUUGCCUGGUUCACUCCAGAUGGGGGCGACUCACCUGCAAAGCAUGUGCAGCCAGUGUUUGUGCCCCAUUGCUGCUGGGCAGAGGCUUGACAGGUUUGAUCAAACUCUGCCGCAGCCCUUGAGUAUCUUUCUAUUGAACUUGCUGGGGGUGGGCUGAGUCCUGCUGGACUCGGGUUGGAGUGAAGCUCUCAUAGAGCAUAGGGCCGUCAUCCUGUCGCACUCCUGUGUGUGAGCCUGCUGCCAGGGGAGAGCAAGGGACUGGAGAGCUGCCCAGCAGACAGGAGAGGAGCUUUGCAGACUGCCAGGAACUCCACCUCUCUUUCUGGGAGCCCAGUCCAGGAACCCUUGAAGUGUCUCCCAUUUGGCACCCACAAGUAGCGGCGACUUUUCACAUUGUUGCCCUGGGAGUUUGAGCUGUCUGUGUCUCUCACCCACUGUACAAAGUGUGUGUGUGUUGUAAAUUGAAUUGGAUCCAUUCUUGGGUUGAACAAGCUGGUGCCUCCCUUCUCCUGGUUAUUACCAUGUUUGUCACUCUUUGUUGUUUGUGUGCUAGUACUGCUGAGUGGCUUCAGCUGAGCUCAGGGCCCUUGUGGGCUGGGGAGAGAGAGUCUUUGCCCCAGAGAGUUUACAGUCUGAACAGCUGAGGUGGGGAGAGGCUGGCCCAGUGGUUAGGGUACUGCCCUGGGACUGUGAGCACUGGGUUCAAGUCCCUGCUCUGCCACAGACUGCCUGUGAAGCCUUGGGGUCACUGCGUCUCUCGGGGGCUCAGUUCCCCUCUGUUCAGGGGGGGAAUAUCUAGGAGCGAGGCAGGGAACAGAGGCCCAGAGAGAGUCAGUGACUUGCCCACGGUCACAUGGAGCUUUGAGCCAGAAACUGCCCAGUCCCAGUGGAGAGCACUGAGCACAAGCCCAGAGUUGCUGUCCUGUGCCCCUUUUGCUCCGCUCGCCGCUGAAAAGAUUGAAACAAUUAGACAUUGAAGUGAAAUAAAAUCUGACUGAGUCGGAUGUUGCCAGGACUUCUCCGAAGGCUGGUGUAGCUCAGUGAGCUCUUAGAUGUGCUAGGACAGCUUAGGCCUGCACCUUGGAUCUGAGGACUCUUCCACAGGCAGUUCUGUAGCAUGGGGCGUCACCUGCGUGUGAGGCUGCUGGAGGCGCUAGUGAGACAGUUUGAUGCAGGGCCAUCAGUAUGUAGGUGACAUGCAGCCCUGGGCCUCUUCUUCAUUGGACCAAGAUGGGGCAGGGGUUCUGGGGCUUGAAGGAGAGGGAGCUGGCUAAAGCUCAGAGCAGACCAGCCAGGGGUGAUGCAGGCACAUCGGUGGGGGGUCUGCUCUAGGUAUGGAGGAGGGUGGCCUGUGGUUUUUCCAGCAGGUUUGCAACUUGGUGCUCCUGGCCCCCAACUGUGACAGGACUCCUGAGCGGCUUCAUUGACCUGAAGCCCUUGGAUCCUCCAGGCCUUUCCUCUCUGCUCCAGACUUUGUGACUUGCUCUGACCUCUCCCUGUUGGGGCCACCUCUGUGCAUGGCGUGGUGACAGCAGGAGGGUCCAGAACCUGCACUCCCCUCCCAUUGCUUUCAGCUGCAGUUCAAGGUGUUGACGUUGGUCUGGAGAGCCCUACUGGAGUGUUGGACAUGGCAUUCCCAAUGAGGAGUCUCUGUUGCUCACGGCUUGCUACCCCCAGACUUCGUGCUGGGGCCUUUAUACAUUUAAGAGAGAGAGAUAUGAGACAGCCCCGGUCCCAAGGAGAAGGUGGCCAGGUCAUCUCCCUACAACUGUGUGAAUCCAUCCAGCGCCCCUGCAUUCCCAAAUCCCCCUGUGUCCUGCUUACGUUGUGGCAGCGCUGCAGCGGCUCAGAGCUCCCUGCUUCUGCGGUGGCAGCAGUGCAGUGGCUCAGGGCUCCCUGCUCCCGCAUUGGCGGCGCUGUGGUGGCGCAGGACUCCCCGCUCCCGCAUUAACGGCGCUGUGGUGGUGAAGUACUCUCUGCUCUUGCGUUCGUUGCGCUGUGGUGGCGCAGGAUUCCCCCCUGCUCCUGCAUUGGUGGCACAGGGUUCCCUGCCUCCGCGUUGGCAGUGCUGCGGUGGCACAGGGCUCCCCGCUCCCGCGGUGGUUGCAUUGUGAUGGUGCAGGACUCCCUGCUCCUGUGUCGGUGGCGCAGGGCUCCCUGCUCCUGCGUUGGCAGUGCUGUGGUGGUGCAAUACUCCUUGUUCUCACAUUGGUGGCACAGGGCUCCCCGCUCCCGCAGUGGUGGCGCUGUGGUGGCACAGGGCUACCAGCUCUCGUGUUGGCAAUGCUGUGCCGGUUCCCAGCUCCCGUGUUGAGGGCGCUGCAGUGGCGCAGGACUCCCUGCUCCUGCUUGUUGUUCAUGGCCGGGUUCACAAUGAGGAGCAGCGCAUCUUCCCACUGCAUGUUUCAGAUGCAGUAUGUUGUUCUGGGGCAGGGGUGCUGGGGAGGCUGUGCCAGCUGCAUCCCUCUCUUGAAGAGAGAGCUCGACACUGACUUCCAGGGAGAGCUAGAGUUCUGGGGAAAACGCAGAUUAACAGAGAGAAUAUCUUCUGCCAGGCUUUAGGCUGUCAUCCCUCACCCCUUGUGUGCCCCCCGAGCCUGCCGCCCUCUCUGAAGUGGUGCCUUACUGAUGGGGACUGUGGCAGCACUGCAGAUAGGAUUCUGCAGUUUGCCUCACAAUAAUGUGCUUGGAGCAUUUUCUCCUGGCAAAGGAUGAUGUUUUGGGUAAAGCAUGGGACAGAGAAUCCAGAAAUGUGGGUUCUACUGCUGACUCUGCCACUAACAUGCUGUGUGAGACCUGGGCAGUCAGUUCAGCUCCCCUUCCCUCUGUGAGCUAGGGAUACUAAUGGAUGUUGUUAGGAAAUGGGCAGGUCCCACACCUAGAAUGGGAAGAUGUGGCAAACACUGCGCUGAGUGUUACCCUGCAGGCAGCGAGUGUCCCAGUGUAAUGGUGUCCCUGGCAUCAAGCAGGCAUUUUAUGAGGAUCAGUUCAUUAAUGUCUGAAAGGAGCUUUGAGCUCUCCAGGUGGGAGGUGGGAGAGGAGGUGAUGGUCCUCUCCCCAUAAACGUGGUGUCUCCUCUUGCCAGCUGACGGCAGGUCCUGGUUAUAUCAUCAUCUCUUUAGCAGGCACCAGGAUAAUAGAUGUCUUUCCCCAAUCUGUUUGCCAACCACUUGGGUUUGAUACCAUUAGAAACGAGAGGGCUCUGUCUCAGACAGCCCAGUGCGAGCUAGCAGUGAUACUGGCUAUGGGGAGACUCACAACUCCUUCCACUUUGCCCACACAGAGCUGACAGACUGAGGUAUCAGAACCAAAGUGGGGCAAGACAUGAGGUAACUGAUCAGAUUUCUCACGUUCAUUUCCUUCUGCAGAGGACUGAACUGUUUCAAAUAGAGCUUCCAGGGGAGCAGUCCAUAGGGCAUGUGGGCCAGGAAGCCAGGGUUGCAAUUUGCACUCUGAAGUCUGCAAUAAUAACUGUACUUUGUGGCAUCUUCAGCCUGUGGAUCUCAGAGGUGUGAAAGUGUCACAUCUAUACAGCCAAUGUAUCAUGGAGCAAGGUCUUCUUCUUCAAGUGAUGGUCCCUCUUGUAGUCAACUGAGGGUUCUGUGCAUGUGCCUGGAGCUGGAGCUUUUAAUAGUAGUGUCUGUUGGUCCAUGCAUGCCCCCUUGAUCCACCUCAUGGUUAUGACUGAGGCGAUAAAGGGCAGGACGGACCGACCCCGCACUCUCUUCCUUCUCACCGCUGCCUGGUCAGAAUUGGAGCUUCUUUGUUUCUCUUGUCUCUUGUGACGCAUUUCUGCAAACUGAGAAAAAAGGCUCUUAUUCUUGUACAUAGUUAAUAGUUUUGUUAUUUUUACAGUUGUUUCAGUGGUAGUUCUUAGGAUUUUAAGGACUGGGGGAUGCCAUUUUCACCAGUCGUCCCGUACUCUCCCCUCUUCGCUCCCCCAUCCCCCCAUCUUCCCAGCACCCAGGCCUGGUACUGGAUUAUGCUGAAGACGCCUGGGUUCAAGAUCUGCACUUCCUUCCAUCGCUCAUUCUCAGUCAAUGACAAAUACCAAUGCCGCCCUUAUUGCUUGGGGGAGGCACAAGUUGCAUCCAGGUGCAGUAUCUGUUUCUCCUUCCCUGCACGUACGCGGAAAGACUGGGCUCUUCACUUCAAGAAGAACCUCAUGGAGGUCACCAUGAGAUCGCAGUCGAUCCAAGCCAGGGAACCUCCCUGUACAUUGGCCUGAGCAAACUAAGAACAUGUCUCCUACCACAGACCUCAGUCUAGUUCAGCCAGUACCAGCGCUGUGGAUCCACAUUGGGGCCUAGUUGUGAGGCAAGGAGGCCUGCACAUAAGCAUAGCAGUAAGUCUUACUCCACAUGCAAGAAGAACACUGCCCCAUCCACGAGUUCCGGCCACAGAGAAGCAUUGCGUUCCAAGGCGCACAAGCAUGACAAGAAGCUGCACAGACCAUUGCGUCUUUUGGCCCCAUUCAUUGAAACUCAUACUCCUUCCAGAUCGGCACCGCCAAGGUCCAGGGAACCUUUGAAUCCUUAGCAGUCCUCUCCAUUCCUAUUCCAGCUGAAGAGUGCAUGCCACUGAUGCUGGGGAGACUUGGGUCAACCUCCGGAGCCACACGAGCUGUUUGCUUUAACUGAGGAGAGGUCUUCUUGCCCUCUGGUGCUGUCGCCUCUUCAGAGAGUUGCUUCCCAAGGUUGGAUUUGCCUUCUUUGGGCCAUGUUCCCGCCCACUCCCCAGAGCCUUCUACAGUUUCUUCAGUUCUGAUGGCACCACCAUUUGAACUGGCUUCUGAUUUCUUGGAUUCGGAAGGUUUGUUCAGGGACCGAGGCCUUCCUUUCCUGCACCGCUGGUGUGAGCACUCCAAGGCCCCAUCAGGUUCAUGGUAGUAGCCGCCAUUUACCCAGCAUUGGUGUCUUUGGAACCUUGCUCUAUGGGGCCCUUCUCAACAUCCGCAGUCUGCUCUGCCCAUGAGGAAUGCCCUCUCUGCUCUCCGACCAUCGUCCAGCAGGCAUUCAGACUCGCUGUUAGGUAAUGCUGAGUCCAACUCUGAUGGUACCACUAGAUCCGGAGCAGUUCUCCUCUACAUCCCUGGAUGCUGCAGUGUCUUCUACUCCUCCCUCAUCCCUGGAUGACUUGCAACAAUUUCAGGAGCUGCUUCAUAGGGUGGCUGGUGCCCUCAGCACCCCACUGGACAAAGUGCAAGAUAAGCAGCACAAACUGCUCAACAUCUUACAUCCUCAGUACCAGCAAAGGUGGCCCUACUAAUCAAUGAGGCCAUCUGAGUUUCUCUUCUCCCAUCCUCCACCCAAUUCUCUUGGGAUUCAGACAGCUACCAAACGGACCCACCAACAGCACCUGUGAUCCAUCCUGGCAGAUAAGUAGGGCAAGCACCUGGACCUUUUGGGCCACAGGGUCUUUUCCUCUAUCAACCUACAAAUUUGCAUUUUGAACUACUUGACUCUGUUUGUGAAAUACAACUUCCUUACCUAUGGCAAACCUGUGGAUUUCACUGAUAAACUAGCCCUGCAGGAUCAGGCCCAAUUCCAAGCUAUCCUAGAGAAAGGGAAACUGGUGGCGAGGACGACACUGCCGGCCGCGGUUGAUGCAGCAGACACUUCUCACAUACGAUGGCUACGGAGAUUGCCAUGCACAGAGAGUCCUGGUUACAUUCUUCCGACUUCCCGAAGGAGAUCCAGUCCACCAUAGAAGAUCUUCCUUUGACAAGUCUCACCUCUUCGAUCAGAAGACUGACUGUUUUCACUCCCUCAAGGACUCUAGGGCCACCCUCCGGUCUCUGGGCAUCUACACACCAGCACCCAAGCUCAAAUUCUACUGUCCACCUCCAACCCAGCGAUUCAAAGCUCCACAACUUUUCCAACAGUCCUAUGAGCCUUCUCGCAAUUGGCAGAGGAACCAGCAAUCCUAUCCUUCCAGUUAAUCAUCAUCACAACCUCCUGCCCUCAAACAUCUCAGAAGUGCUAUUUCUGAGAACACUCAGAGAGCCGCCAACCACUGUGCCUCAUGGCAUGCUCCCAGUCCACACCCUUCGGCGAGUGCCUAGCUCUCUUCUUGCCAGUUUGAAGUACAAUAACAGUGGACAUGUGAAUCCUGGAUGUCAUUCGACAUGGCUAUACAAUUAAGUUCCAAACGCUACCUCAUCCACAUCCCCGACGCCUGCUUCAGGAAUUGUUCUCACAACAGUAUCCUCACCCUAGAAGUGGACUUCCUUCUUCAGAUGGGCACGAUAGAACCUGUUCCCACAGCCCAUCAUGGGGCAGGGUUCUAUUCCACUUAUUUCCUAGUCCCCAAGAAGACAGGCGGGUGGCAACUGAUCCUAGACCUAUGUCAUCUCAACCAUUUAGUAUGAAAGCCAAAGUUUUGUAUGGUCACUCUGGCGGCCAUCAUUCCUUCCCUAGAAAGACAUAUGUGGUUUACAGCUCUUACUUUUAUGUGGCCAUCCAUCCUGCCCACAGACGAUUCCUGAGAUUCAUGGCAGAUCAUCAUCAAUUUCAGUACAGGGUUGUCCUGUUCAGACUCUCCACUGCUCCUCAUGUAUUCAGCAAAAUUUUCUCAGUUGUGGUGGCCCACUUCUGCUGUUGAAGGAUCCUUCUAUUCGCUUAUCUAGAUGAUAGGCUGCUGGCAACGUGAUCAAGAAGGGAAGCUUGAGCUUCGAUUUCCAUGCUGCUCACACUCCUCUCCUCCCUGGGGGUGAGCAUAAACAUUGAAAAAUCAACUUUGGACCCCAGGUAAUUACUAGAGUUCAUUGGGGCACGCAUUGACAUGGUUUUGGCUUGUGCAGAACUGCUGGAGGACAGGGUUCAAACCCUUCAGGACCUAAUUUUCAGGGUGUUGUCCAAUCCUUUUUUCCUAGCCAGAACCUGCCUUUCUCUUCUUUGCAACUUGCACUUGUGUGACUGUAUUCUCUCAUCUGCAGUUUCACUGCCUACACCUAUGGCUCCAGAGGGUCUAUUCCCCUACGCACCUGUCAUGGAUUCACAGGAUUCGUGCUCUCUCUUGGCUCUGUACGGUCCCUGGGAGGAACCCCCUUCAGUGUGACAGCCCUUUUUGGUGGUCCACUCUCUCUCAGCGGUUAAGCUGUAGGCCCCUCUGGCUCCUGGAACCCCACAUCUCUGAGCCCUCGCUUGCCUGUCUCUCGCUGCAGGCCCACUCAGGGAAUCCACUUGCUCUGGACUCCCGGGACCUCCAGUCCCAGGGGGAAUAAUGCAACCCUGAUCUCUAGACUGAAGUGACUCUCAGCCAGCAUAAAACAGAAAGGUUUAUUGAGCAUCUGAAGCUAGCACAGGAAACUCUCCAGGCCGUCAGGCCUAGCAUCUCUCAGCACCAUGCAUCUAGGUCUUUCCUGCAUCCAGGUAGGCUCUGGCUGCUCCCUCUCUCCAGUCCAGCAGCCCCCUCCUUCAAGCCAAUUAUCUGAUAUCAUCUCCCCCAACAGCUCCUUCCCCGUCCUUUGUUUUCCACCCUAGGUAAACAGGUCACUGGGGUCCUCCCACUGGCCAGAACCGGCUGACUGCUAAGUGGGGUGGACCUCAGUUACCAGGUCACCAGUUGUUAGGGGACCCCAUCUCCAGGCCACUUUCCAGGGGUCCCCGCUGCUAGGCGAGGUCACACCUAGUCCUCUGCACCAACAAACCCUCUCUCACCACCCUGUUAAACAUGCAGCACACAGGGAAACUGAGGCGUGCACACACUGGUCAUGUAAAACACUACAAAAAUCCCCAAUUUCGUCACAGCACCUUUCUAUGGACCAUGUCCCCGUGGGGUCCUCUUCCUUCUCCAGUGGUGACGUAUCUGGCUCGGAUGUGCACUGGAUACUGUUCCUCCCAUCCUCCCCUUUCAUAGGAGAUAUCACGGGUGCAUUGCUUGUUAGAUGGGGGGCCCACAUGAGCAAGUGCAUGACUCAAGGCACUUGGACUGCUCGGGAGUCCUGGAUGCACAUCAACAUCCUGGAACUUAGAGCAGUGAGGAGAGCAUGUUGGGCAUUUCUCCCAUCCAUCCAUUCCUGUCAUGUCCUCCUCAUGUCAGAAAAUACCACUGUCUACUGCAUCAACAAGCAAGGGGGCACGAGGUCUCCCAUACUCUGGGUGGAGGCCUUUGGGAUUGGUGCAUCAUCUGCAAGAUCCUGUUCUCAGUGGCGUACCUUCCCAGAAUUCAAAACAUAAUCAUGGACUCUCUCAGCAGAAAGUUCAUGAAUGGGAGCUUCACAACACUAUAGUCACCAGCAUUUUCAGCUGCUGAGGAACUCCAAUCAGGGACUUCUUUGCCUCCCAGGCCAACAGCAAGUUCACCUAAUACUGCUACAGAGGCCGUCUUGGUGUCUUGUCCCGGGGUGAUACUCUAGUUUCUUUGCUGGUCUGAUCAGUUCAAUUACGCCUUUCCUUCCCUACUGCUCCUACCGUGAGUCCUGCACAAGGUCAGGUGGGAGAGAGUGACAGUCAUUCUGAUUGUCCCCUUCUGGCCUCGACAGUUCUGGUGUCUCCUGCUUCUCAGCAUGUCAGUGCGCUCCCCACUACAACCUCUCCCGGAACUAGUCAUGGAACAGGGCAGAUGGAUCCGGCACCCCAGACUCUUCACCAAUCUCUAGACUCUUCACCUCAGAGCUUUUGGAUGGGCAUCUUUAUUAAAGUGGGAAUGCUUAUUGGCAGUGCAGGGCAUUCUCUUGAGCAGCUGGAAGGAAUCCAUGAGAUGCUCCUGUGGGGCCAAGUGGAAGCAUUUCACUUCUUGGUCCCAAAUCAGGAGCCUUGUCCCUGAAAAUGUGUACAUCUCUCUUUUUCUGGACUAUUUCUUCUCUCUGAAGGCAUCUAGCCUUGCUCUCAGCUCCAUCAAGUGCUGCUAUCAAUGCUUUCCACCCUCCAUUUGAGGGGCACACUGUCUACUCAUCCAUUGACUUCCAGGUUUUGGAAAGGUCUCCUAUGAACCUAUCCUCCUGUUCAGUCCAUCGCUCCCCAGUGAGACCUCAGCCUUAUCCUAAUGACAUUGACAAAGUCACCCUUUGAACCUAUGGCCUCAUGCUCUCUCUCUUCACUCCAUGAAGGUUGCCUUCCUGGUGGCUAUCACUUCUGCAAGAUGGGUGGGCAAACUGGGGGUCAUGAUGGCUGAUCGCUCCUUUACCACUUUUCACAAAGACAAAGUUUCCUUACACUUGCAGCCCAAGUUCCUGCCUAAGGUUGUCCCUUGUUUCCAUAUCAACCAACCUAUACACUAACCCACCUGUAGUGAGGCGGUGGGAUACCCCACAGUCCCGCUGAGGGACGAACCUCCCCUAUCACCACCGUGGGCGGAGCCACUGGGUCCUGCGCCCGCCCCCAGAGGUCACGGUGCAGACCCGGAAGUAUAAAAGCUCACCUGCAGAGCUCAGUCGAGGCACAGCCACCGAAGGGGCCAGACAUCUAAGGCUGCUGCCAGCCGGAGCUCACACCUGGCCAGCCGAGCCUGCCCCGCGCUUGCUACCCCGAGGAGGACUGGCCGAGCCUUUCCCGCACACGCUACCCCGAGGAAGACUGGCCGAGCCUGCCCCGCGCCAGCUACCCCGAGGAGGAUUGGCCAGGAUCACCCCGCUCCAGCUACCCCGAGGAAGAGCCAAGCCUGCCCCGUGCCAGCUACCCCGAGGAGGACUGGCUGGGACCACCCCGCUCCAGCUACCCCGAGGAAGAACUGAGCCUGCCUCUUGCCCGCUACCCCGAGGAACCGCUGAGCCUACUGUCGGCUACUUACCCGGAGGAGCCGAUGGUGUUCGAGACCAUCGGUGAUGCUACGCCGACUCAGCAAGGAGCAAGGACCAACCCCCGUGGAGAAGAAGAAGAAAGGGAAAAGGAAAAACGAGAUCCCAGUGGAGAGUUUGGAAUUGGAUCAAGGCCUCCUGAGCCCAUCUCUGCAGAGCCCUGAGGAGUCUGCUGAGUCAGCCGACAGCCAGAAGCGCCGCUCGGGCCGCCAGGUGAAGCGGAGGAAGUACAACGAAGACCUGGAUUUCAAAGUGGUGGAUGACGAUGGCGAGACAAUAGCAGUACUGGGAGCUGGGCGAGCCUCCGCGCUCUCCGCGUCCACACUGGCAUGGCAGGCAGAGGAGCCCCCUGAGGAUGAUGCCAACAUCAUUGAGAAGAUCCUCUCCUCCAGACUGGUGCAGAAGGAGGUUCACCCAGGCGGCCUGGCCUAUGAGAUGGAGGAAUUCUACGUCAAGUACAGGAACUUCUCCUACCUGCACUGCAAGUGGGCGACGCUGGAAGAGCUGGAGAAGGACCCCAGGAUCUCUCAGAAGAUAAAGCGCUUUCGGAACAAGCAGGCCCAGAUGAAGCACAUCUUCACGGAGCCUGAUGAGGAUUUGUUCAAUCCAGACUACGUGGAGGUGGAUCGGAUCCUGGAGGUGGCUCACACGAAGGACUCUGACACUGGGGAGGAGGUGACCCACUACCUGGUCAAGUGGUGCUCGCUGCCGUACGAGGAGAGCACCUGGGAGCUGGAAGAAGAUGUUGACCCUGGAAAAAUCAAAGAGUUCGAGUCCUUGCAGAUCCCACCAGAGAUCAAACAUGUGGAGCGCCCCGCUUCCGAGUUCUGGCAGAAACUGGAGAAAUCACGGGACUAUAAGAAUAGCAACCAGCUGCGGGAGUACCAGCUGGAGGGGAUGAACUGGCUGCUCUUUAACUGGUACAACAGGAAGAACUGCAUCCUAGCGGAUGAGAUGGGCUUGGGGAAGACGAUCCAGUCGAUCACCUUCCUUUCUGAGAUCUUCCUGAUGGACAUUCAUGGUCCCUUCCUCAUCAUCGCACCACUCUCCACCAUCACCAACUGGGAGCGGGAGUUCCGCACCUGGACGGAGAUGAAUGCCAUCGUGUACCACGGCAGCCAGAUCAGCAGGCAGAUGAUCCAACAGUACGAGAUGGUGUACAGGGAUGCGCAGGGUAACCCUCUUCCAGGGAUCUUCAAAUUCCACGUGGUGAUCACCACCUUCGAGAUGAUCCUGGCCGACUGCCCCGAGCUGAAGAAGAUACAGUGGCGCUGUGUGGUCAUUGACGAGGCCCAUCGGCUGAAGAACAGGAACUGCAAGCUGCUGGAGGGACUGAAGCUCAUGGCUCUGGAACACAAGGUGCUGCUGACCGGGACGCCCCUGCAGAACUCAGUGGAGGAGCUCUUCAGCCUGCUGAACUUCCUGGAACCCCAGCAGUUCCCCUCGGAGACAGCGUUCCUGGAGGAGUUCGGGGACCUGAAGACAGAGGAGCAGGUGAAGAAGCUGCAGUCAAUCCUGAAGCCCAUGAUGCUGCGGAGGCUGAAGGAUGAUGUGGAGAAGAACCUGGCGCCGAAGCAGGAGACCAUCAUCGAGGUGGAGCUAACCAACAUCCAGAAGAAAUACUACCGGGCCAUCCUAGAGAAGAACUUCUCCUUCCUGUCCAAGGGCGCCAACCAGCACAACAUGCCCAACCUCAUCAACACCAUGAUGGAGCUGCGCAAGUGCUGCAACCACCCCUAUCUCAUCAAUGGGGCGGAGGAGAAAAUCCUGGAAGAUUUCCGUAAGUCGCACAGCCCAGAGGCGCUGGACUUCCAGCUGCAGGCCAUGAUCCAGGCGGCUGGCAAGCUGGUGCUGAUUGACAAGCUGCUGCCCAAGCUGAUCGCCGGUGGGCACAAGGUGCUGAUCUUCUCCCAGAUGGUGCGCUGCCUGGACAUCCUGGAGGACUAUCUCAUCCAGAGGCGAUACACCUAUGAGCGCAUUGACGGGCGGGUGCGUGGGAACCUGCGCCAGGCUGCCAUCGAUCGCUUCUGCAAACCAGACUCAGACCGCUUCGUCUUCCUCUUGUGCACCAGGGCAGGAGGCCUGGGCAUUAACCUCACAGCUGCCGACACCUGCAUCAUCUUUGAUUCGGACUGGAACCCACAGAACGAUCUCCAGGCGCAGGCGCGCUGCCACCGGAUCGGGCAGAGCAAGGCCGUGAAGGUCUAUCGUCUCAUCACCAGGAACUCCUACGAGCGUGAGAUGUUCGACAAGGCCAGCCUCAAGCUGGGCCUGGACAAGGCCGUGCUGCAGGACAUCAACCGCAAGGGCAGCACCAAUGGGGUGCAGCAGCUCUCAAAGAUGGAGGUCGAGGACUUGCUACGGAAAGGAGCAUACGGGGCUUUAAUGGACGAGGAAGAUGAAGGCUCCAAGUUCUGCGAGGAAGAUAUCGAUCAGAUCCUGCAGCGCAGAACCCAAACAAUCACUAUCCAGUCAGAGGGGAAGGGCUCCACCUUUGCUAAGGCCAGCUUUGUCGCUUCAGGGAACAGAACUGACAUUUCCUUGGAUGACCCCAACUUCUGGCAGAAGUGGGCUAAGAUAGCAGAGCUGGACACGGAUGCGAAGAAUGAAAAGGAGAGCUUAGUAAUCGACAGGCCCCGUGUCCGCAAGCAGACCAAGCACUACAACUCCUUCGAGGAGGAUGAGCUGAUGGAGUUCUCGGAGCUGGACAGUGACUCUGACGAGCGGCCCACGCGCUCGCGGCGCCUCAAUGAGAAGACUCGGCGCUACCUGCGGGCUGAGUGCUUCCGUGUGGAGAAGAACCUGCUCAUAUUCGGCUGGGGGCGCUGGAAGGAUAUCCUGACCCAUGGCCGAUUCAAGUGGCACCUGAACGAGAAGGACAUGGAGAUGAUUUGCCGGGCCCUCCUGGUCUAUUGCGUUAAACACUACAAGGGAGAUGAGAAGAUUAAGAGUUUUAUCUGGGAUCUGAUCACUCCGACGAAGGACGGCCAGAACCAGGCCCUGCAAAAUCACUCAGGGCUGUCAGCUCCAGUGCCCAGGGGCAGGAAGGGGAAGAAAACGAAGAACCAGAUGCUGCUCCCUGAGAUAAAGAACGCGGACUGGCUGGCCAGCUGCAACCCUGAGAUAGUCCUGCAUGAUGACAGCUACAAAAAGCACUUGAAACAGCACUGCAACAAGGUGCUGCUGCGGGUGCGAAUGCUCUAUUACCUGAAAGCUGAAGUGCUGGGAGAGGUGGCUGACAAAGCCUUCGAAGGGAUCCCGGCCAGGGAGCUGGACGUGCUGCUGCCGGACAUCGACUACGUGGAGAUCCCGGUGGACUGGUGGAAUGCAGAGGCUGAUAAAUCGCUGCUUAUUGGAGUUUUCAAACACGGUUACGAGAGGUACAACGCCAUGCGAGCAGACCCGGCACUGUGCUUCUUGGAGAAGGUGGGCAUGCCAGAUGAGAAGCUGCUGUCUGCGGAGCAGGGCGUCAGCGAUGGGGCACAGGAUGCUGCAGAAAGAGGAAACGUUGAGAAAGAAGAGAACAGCGGAGACAGAGUGGAGGGGCUGCCACAGCAGGAGGACUCUGGGAAUUUGUGUGGAGAAGCUGCUGAGAAGCAGGAUGACAAUGUGGCAGCCCAGGAUGGCUCCGACUCAGACAGAUCCUGCUGGCCUGUCUCAUCCGCCCUCACAGCCAGACUGCGGCGGCUCGUCACCGUCUACCAGCGCUGCAACCGCAAGGAGCUGCCCCCCCGAGCCGAGAUGCUGGUGCCAAGUAACCAUGGCUACUGGCUGCAGGAGGAGAUGUUCAGGAGAGCUGCUGAGAUGGACCCCAUGAACAAGGAAAUGCAGAAAAGAUGGACAAGAAGGGAGCAGGCAGAUUUCUACCGCACUGUCUCCUCCUUCGGGGUCAUCUAUGACCAGGAGAAGAAGGCCUUUGACUGGACCCAGUUCCGAGCCAUUUCCCGCUUGGAGAAGAAGACAGAUGAGAGCCUUGAGAAAUACUUCUACAGCUUUGUGGCCAUGUGCAGGAACGUCUGCCGUCUCCCUCUCUGGAAAGAGGAUGGUCCACCUGAUCCCAGUAUCUACGUUGAGCCAAUCACUGAGGAACGUGCUGCAAGAACGCUGUAUCGGAUUGAACUUCUAAGGAAGGUCCGGGAGCAAGUGCUCAAGUACCCACAGCUCCAUGAGCGGCUCACGCUGUGCAGGCCCAGCCUGUACCUUCCUGUCUGGUGGGAGUGUGGCAAACAUGACCGGGACCUGCUGCUUGGCACAGCCAAGCAUGGACUGAACCGCACUGACUACUACAUCAUGAACGAUCCUGAACUGUCAUUUUUGGAUGCAUAUAGAAACUAUGCUCAGCACAAAAGAGCAGGUGUCCCAGGCCCAGAGAACUUAUGCUGCCUCCAUCAGAUGAACUCCAAACUCUACAGUUCCCCUUCAUACUGCCAGAUGGAAAGGACCUGUGAGUCCCUGGAGAAUGACGCUGAGAGCCAGAUCAAGCUCGAAAACCUGGAGGAUGCGCUCUCCCGGGUGGAGGGCAGCCCUCAGGACACAAGCUGCGACCCAUUCCUGUCAACAGUGCGGGACAUCAUUUCCAUGAACUGUGAUGAGAGCUCCUUGCCAGACUCUCUGAUGUGCAUGAUGUAUGAGGAGAAGGCAUGCCCCAGUGAGCACAGCUCUCUCGCCCGUGACAGCCCCAGCUGCACACAUAUCAGCAACAGUGCUGCUAAAUUUGCUGAGGGCAAACUAGAUGGGGAUGAGGACCCAUCCAGCUGUGAAGCUGAGGCCAUCAGAGAAACCUCUUUCCUGGAGAGCUUGCAGAUAGGCUGUGACCAAAUGGAUAGUCCCAAUGAAGGCAGGGAGCCUUGGCCCUCUGCCCCAGCCAGUCAGCCCUCCAGGAGUGUCCCCACCGAGAUCGAUGAUGCCUUGCACCAGGCCAGCCCAGGGCCUGGGUCUCCUGAGCUCAGCAGUGCGGAGGGGGUGAUCAGCCUAGGCCUGUAUGGGCCCAGUCUCCAUAACUUGGAGAUAAAGAUCCCGCCAGAUCAGAGGUUCAUGAGCCUGUUACAUGAGAAAGGCUUGGAGGAUAAAUCAGUGCCAAGUCAGAGCUACAGCGAGGAGGAGGAGGAGGAGGAGAAUUCUGAGAUGGCAGCAGAUGCUGUAGAAGGAUUGAGGGGCAUCCCAGAGGCCAGGAUUGAUGGGGACCCCAAAGCUAAUGUGCUAGUGGGGGAGGAACCUGGUUCUAGCCUUCCUGCUCCCAAGAACACUUGCCCAGAAGUGAAUGGUGAGGCAGAGCUUUCAGGACAGGUGGCAUCGCAGUGUAACAGUGGGGCAGGGGAUGAGGAGGCCAACCACAAGAGCGCUGCAGAGCACUUGUCAGACUGGCCCAAGAGCCUCCCUCCAGCACCCAGCCCAACUGCAGCUGCUCAGCGGAAGCUCCCAAACGCUGGGCCUGCCAGCAUGGGAGGGGAGCGCUGGGAAGCUGGCUCUGCUGCGCAGAUGGGGGGCGGUGUGGCCUGGCACCUGGAAGGGCACAAGCCGAAGCAGGAAGACGAUGAAUGUGAGAACAAAGACGAGGAAGAGAAAGAGGGCACUGGCCAGAGCCGAGAUUGUCCAGAGAAGUAUUUGGAAGAGGAGGGCAAGAGCUCUCCCUGUGCCCAGCCUGGAGAGAUGGACGAGCUGCAGGAUGCCCGUGCGCCCACCAUCGCCCAGCUGCUGCAGGAGAAGACGCUCUACUCCUUCUCAGAGUGGCCCAAGGACCGAGUGAUCAUUAACCGCAUAGAUAAUAUCUGUCACGCCGUCUUAAAGGGCAAGUGGCCCUCUUCUAGCCAGCAGUUUGAAACACAAACCCUGAUGCCCACAUCAAUGUUAGCCAGCAACGCAGGCACUAGGAACAGCUUUGCCGAGCCAGAAGCCCCGGACCCCAGCUUCAACAAUGGAGUGUUAGUUGCACAGGUACAAAAGGAAAGCUUCCUGGCUCCUGCCUUUACGAAAGAUGAACAAAAGCACAGGCAGCCCUAUGAGUAUGAGCUGGAGAGAGACGCCAAACCUAGAAGUCUCGAACAGUUAGCUGCAUCGCACUCCCGUCCGCCUGUAGUGCUGAACGGCUGGCGGGACUCGGCAGGGAACCUGGCCAGAGCAUCUGAUGGAUCCCCAGGAAACCCCUCUCCUUUUCCCUUGAACAGCAACCUGCCCAAGUUAGGGACGGUGCACUCCCUGCAGGGGUCCCUGGGCAUGGACUUGUCCGGCAUCCUCCAGGCAGGGCUAAUCCAUCCUGUCACAGGGCAGAUUGUCAAUGGAAGCCUCCGGAGAGAUGAUGCUGCCUUGAGGAGACGACGGGGCAGGAGAAAAAAUGUGGAAGGGAUGGACCUUAUCUUCUUGAAGGAGAGGAGCCUUCAAACUGGGCUGCAGGAUGUUCAGGAAGAUCAGACCCAGCCUGCACAGAGCAGCCCGCACCCGGACGGGCCAGUCACCGCUACCUCAACUCCGCAUACGGUCACAGCCACAAGCAUCCGGACAGAGAAGGCUGUUCCAAACAAGAGUCUCCUGGACUGGUUAAGACAGCAGUCGGACUACACACUCGAUGUCCCUGGCUUCAGCACAAGUUUUUCAGACAAGCCCAAGCAGAGGAGGCAGCGCUGCAAGGACCCCAACAAACUGGACAUAAAUUCACUCACGGGAGAGGAGCGGGUGCCUGUGGUCCAUAAGGGUACAGGACGGAGGUUAGGGGGAGCCAUGGCACCAGCAUUGAAGGAAUUGCCAAGGUGGCUUGAUGCAAACUUGGAGUAUGCUGUUGCAGCAGACUGGGCUGACAUUGUUAAGCUUUCAGGAUUCCUCCCAGAAAGCAAGUUCAAUCGUAUCCUAACUGAGCCUGUGCUCCGAGACAGCGGGCCCCGUCGAAGAGGGAGGAGGCCAAGAAGCGAACUUAUUAAACCCCCUGGUGUUGUAUCGGAUUCUUCUUCUGGAAUGGGACCGUUAUUCAUGAAUGGACUUAUUGCUGGAAUGGAUCUAGUGGGACUUCAGAACAUGAGAAACAUGCAAGGCAUCCCUUUAACUGGGCUGGUUGGGUUUCCUGCUGGAUUUGCAGCAGUGCCUGCUGGUGAGGAUGUCAAAAGCACCCUAAGUAUGUUGCCUAUGAUGCUGCCAGGCAUGGCUACUGUACCGCAGAUGUUUGGUGUUGGAGGUCUUCUCAACCCACCAAUGACAACUACUUGUACUUCAACUGCUCCAGCUUCAUUAACAAGCACAACUAAAAGUGGUACAUCAAAUACAGAAAAGGCUACUGAGGACAAACAAAGUAGCCAGGAUGUGAAAAGUGAACCUCUGUCUGAAGACAAACCUGGUCCUAGUUCAUUUUCUGAUCAGACAGAAUCUGCAAUAACUACCAGUAGUCCUGUAGCUUUUAAUCCAUUUCUUAUCCCAGGAAUGUCCCCUGGACUGCUCUAUCCAUCUAUGUUUCUUUCCCCUGGUAUUGGCAUGACAUUGCCAGGCAUACAACAAACCAGACACUCUGAGGCAACAAAUCUAGAAAGCCAGAAGCGGAAGAGAAAGAAAGCUAAAGGAGAACCAACAAAUCCAGAACCAGAAACUGUCUCGCUGUCUGAAAAAGAAGCUGCAAACAGUCAAAACUGUACAGAGCAAACCCAAUCUUUGUCAUCAGAGAAAGAACAUGACAUACAAGCAGAAGAGAAGGAAUUAAAAGAAAUUAACAAUACCAAUUAGAAUUUUUGUUUCAUUAAGAAAAAAGAUUGUGGCUUGUAAGUUUCUUAUCCCAUAAAUAUUUGUUACCCUCCUUGCCCCCUCUUCACCUUCAUAAAACCUGUGUUUCCAUGAGUAAUAUUAUCUACCUAAUUCCCUGUAAGAAAACUAUGGUGACAUAUUAUAUGUUAAUAGUUGCAGGGUCUUGCCACUUUAUUAGAUUAACAGUGUUGUCUAG